AUGGAAUUCUCCUUUGCUUCAAUGUUCAUUCUAAAACUUGCCCUUCUCUCUCUACUCGGCAUCGCAACAUUCGCCAAUAACAUACCAACGAAUAAACUAAUUUCCGAUAUAUGUCCGAAAACAAAGAACCCUAAAAAAUGUGCCGAUAUUUUGAGUAUCGGUAAUAGCACUCGUCCUGCUAUUCCCCUCGAUGGAUUGGGAUUAACGAUCUUGGAUGUUGCGAUAUUCCAAGCCAAUUUAUCCGUAGACGCGUUUAACCUUGUAAUAAUUAAAAUAAAAAAUCUUCCAACCAAAGAGAAGGAGAAAUAUCAGAAAUGUGGCGAUGGUUACGCGGGGGCCGUGAAGAAGCUAGGUGACGCGAAAACUGCGUGGAUUAAAAAGAAUUACGCGUUAGCAAGAAAGAGUAUAGAAGUUGCGAACGAUGCACCUAUUUCUUGUGAGAAGGAACUAAAAGCAAUCCCACCACCGUUGAUUUCCGUUACGACAGUAAACGAAAUUUCACACAUUACUUUUGAGAUUGCUCUUGUUAUAGUGAAACACUUGGAGGGUACACAAAAAUGA